GGCUCUGAUCAAUCACGGGGGCGGACGGGGAAAGUGCUCUCCUACAUAGCUUCAACUUUUUACAGAAACCAAAUAGGAGAUGAUUUUCUCGUCCCCCUGUGAGUCCCCGCCAUAAUCACAAAUAUCCACUGUCAUCGGAAUACUAGCUUUGGUUAAGUUUAGAUGUUUAAUUGGCUACCUCCUCCAUGUAUUAGUGAUAUCAUUUUGACCUACACGUACUAGCAGAGAGAACAUAUUUGGACAAGUUUUCAGCGGUAACGGAAAGGCAGAACUAAACCACUUUUCUACGGAUCAAUGUCAGUCUUCGAACUUGGCGAUAUGACAGAUUGAACGAUAUGCCUGCAUGAUUAUAUGAUAAUCGAAUGAUUUUUGGGAUCUCUUCUUGUCUUUGAGUUAAAGAUUCAAACGUCUUUAAUGGUUCUGGGUAAACACUAGUUCUUCGUAUUUCUAGAUCAUACACCAUGGGCUGGAAAAUAUUGCUUAACUUGAGCUGUUUGUCUCUGAUGAUAUCUCUUUGUUUUGCGUGUGGUGCGUCCAGUACAGGCUCGAGAAAACCGAACAAACCCUUCCAUGGCAUCCUAACCGAACCUAUGGCAGAUGUCUGGCUCGGAGCCAUAGAAUUCGUCGACUUCACAUGUGGUCUCCCUACAAAACCUGACACACCUAACGAACAACCAACUGCUAAUCCUCUUCGCAACGUACCGUCUAACUACGCCAACCAAAUUGCACAAAGUAUGAAACUUCCAACCGGCAAGGUCAACCCGUACAAGUUUGACCACUCCUUCGUUUACUUUCGGGGCAAGACCUUCGAGUGGGGUGCUAGCGUCGUCUACGACUACGGAGAAGCGACCAUCGGGCGCGACCCUCACGUUUGUCCUGCCAUCUGGAGCUUGCAGAGAGGAAGCAACUGCACCUUGGACCAGGCAGAAAAGAUGGCAAGAGACUUUGGACCGAUUCAUGGAGCGUAUCACCUAUUCACAAACAACUGCCAUCAUUUCGCUGAGUGGUUGAUGAAGAAGCUUAUUGCUGGCGAUUGCAUCCUCAAAUAGAAGCGUCAACGAUUCAUAGCCUCAGCCUAAUGGGGUGUUCAAGCGAGGCAGAGGAUAACGUUUUUUCUAUACCAAAAUAUAUUUGCUUAGCCUAAUUUUAUAAACCUGUAGCUUUCGGUUUAAUAACAUGCCCCGAAUGUAUAUAGCUGACUUCUAGGUGGUUAAAACGACUAUACAG